UGUGUGUUGGUUCGCGCUGAGGGAAGAUGGCGGCGGCUUCACCGUGAUCAGAUUAACCGCUGCUCUUAAAUCUGUCUCUGAUUAUUAUUUGUGUUAUUAUCUUGUGUGUGUGUUUGUGUUGAAGAAGUGUCGAGUGAUGUCGGACUCUGAGGAGGAGAUUCAGGAGCGGCAGCUGAAGAUUGUGCUUCUGGGAGACGGAGCGUCCGGAAAGACAUCGCUCGCCAUCCGCUUUGCACAAGAGGCUUUUGGGAAACAGUAUAAACAGACAAUAGGGCUGGACUUCUUCCUCAAGAGAAUCAACCUACCAGGGAACCUGAAUGUGGCGCUGCAGGUUUGGGACAUCGGCGGACAGACCAUCGGAGGAAAGAUGCUGGACAAGUACAUCUACGGCGCGCAGGGUGUGCUGCUGGUGUAUGACAUCACUAAUUCUCAGAGUUUUGAGAAUCUUGAAGAUUGGCUGAACAUGGUGAGAAAAGCCAACGAGGAGUCCGACACACAACCUGCCAUAUCACUGAUCGGGAACAAGAUUGAUCUGGAACACAUGCGGACCGUAAAGAUGGAGAAACAUCAGCGAUUCUGUCAGGAAAACGGCCUCAUCAGUCAGUUCGUGUCUGCGAAGACUGGAGACUCUGUGUGUGUGUGUUUCCAGAGGCUGGCCGCUGAGAUUGUAGGAAUUAAGCUGAAUAAAGCCGAGAUCGAGCAGUCGCAGCGUAUUGUCAAAGCGGAGUUGGUGGACUAUCCUCAGGAUGAGGGACCAAUUAAACAAGAGAACAAUCAGAGCAAAAUCUGCUCUGUCCAAUAACAGUAUCACGUGGUGAAAGCAGACAUCGUGAACUACAGUCAGGAGACGGUGGCUCGAGCCGUCAAUCCUCCUCGCAGCUCCAUGUGUGUCAUACAGUGAUCUUCAUCAUCAUCUUCAUCAUCAUCAUGGCCUCGUUCACGUGAGCCUCAGUAAAGAGUCUCGAACUCAGAGUCAGUCGUUCGGACGGCGAUAAACUCAAAAUCUACUCUUCAUGUUUUUCUUCCUCCUACAUUUGCCAAUUAGAUAUUGUGUGUUACAUAAAUUAAAAAGCUUUAAUGUGUAAAAGUUUUACCUGAGCUUUUAAAUCUUUGUUUUGUGUGUGUGAGAGACUGUAAGGGAGUGAGAGAGAGUAUGUGUGUGUAAGAGAGAGAGAGAGUGUGUGUGUGUGUGUGUUAUGGAAGAAAGUACCUUUAUAGAAGGCCAUUCUGAACACAUUUCAACAUAAAAAAACUCUUCAUGAUGAUUUUUUACUCAAUUUACACAGUGUUCCCCCUUUUCAUGCUGUAGUUUAUUUUUUAUAUUCUCAUAUGCGGAAUCCAGAGUGAAUCAGGAGUGACUCCUCUGUGUUCCUGAUAUCCAGAGUGAAUCAGGAGUGACUCCUCUGUGUUCCUGAUAUCCGGAGCGCAUCAGGAGUGACUCCUCUGUGUCCCUGAUAUCCAGAGCGCAUCAGGAGUGACUCCUCUUGUGUUCCUGAUAUGCGGAGCGGAUCAGGAGUGACUCCUCUUGUGUUCCUGAUAUCCGGAGCGGAUCAGGAGUGACUCCUCUUGUGUCCCUGAUAUCCGGAGCGGAUCAGGAGUGACUCCUCUUGUGUCCCUGAUAUCCAGAGCGCAUCAGGAGUGACUCCUCUUGUGUUCCUGAUAUCCGGAGCGCAUCAGGAGUGACUCCUCUGUGUCCCUGAUAUCCAGAGCGCAUCAGGAGUGACUCCUCUGUGUCCCUGAUAUCCGGAGCGGAUCAGGAGUGACUCCUCUCGUGUCCCUGAUAUCCAGAGCGCAUCAGGAGUGACUCCUCUUGUGUUCCUGAUAUCCGGAGCGGAUCAGGAGUGACUCCUCUUGUGUUCCUGAUAUCCAGAGUGAAUCAGGAGUGACUCCUCUGUGUUCCUGAUAUCCGGAGCGCAUCAGGAGUGACUCCUCUGUGUCCCUGAUAUCCAGAGCGCAUCAGGAGUGACUCCUCUUGUGUUCCUGAUAUCCGGAGCGGAUCAGGAGUGACUCCUCUGUGUCCCUGAUAUCCAGAGCGCAUCAGGAGUGACUCCUCUUGUGUUCCUGAUAUCCGGAGCGGAUCAGGAGUGACUCCUCUUGUGUUCCUGAUAUCCAGAGCGGAUCAGGAGUGACUCCUCUUGUGUUCCUGAUAUCCAGAGCGCAUCAGGAGUGACUCCUCUUGUGUUCCUGAAAUCCAGAGCGGAUCAGGAGUGACUCCCCUGUCUGUGUUUCUGAUAUCCGGAGCGGAUCAGGAGUGACUCCUCUGUGUUCCUGAUAUCCGCAGCGGAUCAGGAGUGACUCCUCUGUGUUCCUGAUAUCCGCAGCGGAUCAGGAGUGACUCCUUUUGUGUUCCUGAUAUCCGGAGCGCAUCAGGAGUGACUCCUCUGUGUUCAGAACUGAUAUCUGAUGUUUACGAGCAUCAUAUUGGACCAAUAAUCUGGAGUCGCACAGAGACAUGUUGUUGAACACUCGCCGCUGCUGUGAACUCAGUUUGAGUAAUGUGUUGGUCUGUGCGCGAGUGUGUUUUCAUUUCCACAGAUCCCUCUACUUAGAGAAGUUUCUGUAUAUUUCUAUUUAUAAACUGAAUGUAUUUGUAAACUCGAGCCUGUCCAGGUGUUGUAGAGCGUUGUAGCGUUUAGGAAUAAAUGUCACAACAAAUGUUGA